AUGGCACCGGUGGUAGUAGAGCUGAUGACGACGACGGCCAGGGACCUGCAGCUCGCUGAUGACACGGCUGCUGCUACUCACCAGCAAGCACGCGUGCACCAGGUGGGAGACGACGACGAGGAAGGCAUCAAGCUGGCCAUGGCGGCGGCGCCAGCGGCCGAGGCGUUCGCGGUGCAGGAGCCACCGGCGGACGAGGAGGCCUUGGCGGAGCGGCAGGCGGAGGUGGCCCGGCUCCUGGCCGGGUUCCGGCGGCACCUCGAGGACCGGUCCGCGCACCACCUGGGGUACCCGUACAACCUGGACUUCGACUUCGCCUCGCUGGCGCCGUUCCUGCAGGGCCUCUGCAUCAACAACCUCGGCGACCCCUUCGUGGAGAGCAACUACGGCGUGCACUCCCGGCCGCUGGAGGUGGCGGUGCUCGACUGGUUCGCCCGCCUCUGGGACCUCGUCCCCGGCGACUACUGGGGCUACGUCACCAGCUGCGGCUCCUGCGCCGCCGGCAUAAUCUGCUCGGGCAUUAUGCUCGCCGUCGCCAGCUUCCUCGCGUGCUGCGCUGCCGGCGACGCUGGCAGGGAGCUCGUGUUUGACGUCGUGGCCCACGGCGCGAGAGGCGACGGCAGCACGGACGACACCAAGGCGUUCGAGGCGGCGUGGAACGCGGCAUGCGGCGCCAAGGGGCCGUCGGCGGUGAUGGUCGUGCCGGCGCAGAGGACGUUCCUCGUCGGCCCCGUCAGCUUCCAGGGGCCCUGCGCCUCCCAAAGAGUCACCGUGCAGAUCCAGGGCACGAUCAUGGCGCCGCCGUCGACGGCGGCGAGCGCAUGGAGGAACGGGACAAAUCUCUACUGGCUGAUGUUCGAUCGCGUGGACGGGCUGAGGGUGACCGGCAACGGCGUGCUCGACGGCAGUGGCCAGAGUUGGUGGGUCAGGAGAUGCCACAGCGAUGCCGUGAGUACACCGCUACGUUUUACACGCUCUUCAACAGACAGAACAUGCGUUGGAUCUGCACCGACGGCGCUGAAGCUGGUGAGCUGCAACAACCUGGAGCUGAGCCAGUUCAGCAGCCGCAACAGCCCGCAGAUGCACAUCGCCAUCGUCGAGAGCAGCGGCGUCAACGUGUGGGGGCUCAACAUCGCCGCGCCGGGGAACAGCCCCAACACGGACGGCGUCCACGUCGAGCGGAGCCACGGCGUGCAGAUCACCAAUUCUACCAUCGGCACGGGCGACGACUGCGUCUCCAUAAGCUCCGGCAGCCGAUUCGUCACCGUCGACGGCAUCCAGUGCGGGCCUGGCCACGGAGUAAGCAUUGGGAGUCUCGGCAAGAACGGCGAAAUCGCCGCCGUGGAGUACAUCGACGUGAAGAACGUUUACUUCACAAAUACAAUGAAUGGAGCUAGGAUCAAGACGUGGGAGGGUGCGCAAGGGUACGCAAGAUCCAUCUCAUUUACCGACAUAGAAUUCGACAACGUGGACCACCCCAUAAUCAUCGACCAGUUCUACCGAGACCACACUGCCGAGCUGGCCGUGGCGAUCAGCAACGUAACGUACACCAACCUGAAGGGGACCUCAGCCCUGCCAACCGCGGUGGCGUUUGACUGUGGCGCCGGCGCCGGCGCCGGCGGCAGCUGCACAGAUAUCCAUGUCAACUCCGUUAUGAUCACGAGAUCCGGUGGCCAGCAAACAGUCGCCCGCUGUAGAAACGCAAAGGUGUCCAUCUCCGGACAAGUUUACCCGGAGAUACCAUGCCACUGAAAUAGGAAUUGUACGUGUAAUCUCUCGAGUAGACAGGAGCUGCUGCUAUAUUUUUUUUUU